CCGCCCGGCUGAUGGGAAUGGCCUUAGAGGCGGACGGCGACAGGGGAUCAUCGAGAAGCGCUCAUGAAAAACAUCCCCGGGCGGCGCUGGAGCGCAGCGGCUACGUGAAGACAUGUGUCACCGCGCCGUGCCAGGACGCACGGAGCCAGUCGCGGCUGAGACUCGCCGUGACAUGGACUUGCAGAGGAGUGUCGUCUGCGCUCUGCGUCGCCUCCAUCUCCGUUAUUCUCGCUCUGUUGCUCGGAUUGGUUGACUGGGAUGCAGGCAGCAGCGGCGGCGGCGGCAGCGGCGGAAAUAACAGCUGCGGCUCCGGCUCUAGUUUCCAUUCGGCAGCGGGCUGCGCUGUGGAGCUGCUUUUGACUGCGUGCUCCUGCGUCUCUCCCGCGUUCUCCCUCGUAUGUGCCUUCUUGUGGGUCGGGCUGUGCGUGAUCCGCUGCGGGGUGCUGCUCCGCACCGCGCUCUUUCUGUUCGCGCUGUGCCACUUGGGCGAAGCCGCGGCGCAGUCUCUCCUGCGCGGCGCCGAGGAGCAGCUGCUCUCCUUCCCCGCAAAUCUGGUCGUCCUCGGCUGCCUGGGCUGCGGGGCUCUGCUGGUCGUCCGGCUGGGUCAGGGAGUGUCCGUCCUCGUCCUCAUUAGCGUCGUCAGGGCCGUCUCCCUCGCCUCCCUGAGCCGCGUCCGGGCCGGUUGGAGACCCCACCUGGCCUACCUGCUGGGGCUGCUGGGGGUUCUGCUUGCGAGGUAUGCUGACCGGCUCCUGCCGGCCUCAGGGACCAGCGGGACGGGGUGCUGUGGCUCUGUGACCGGGGCGAAGGAGGAGGACAUCCCUGUCUUCAAAAGGAGACGGAGGUCCAGCUCCAUAGCGGCCUCGGAGAUGAUGGCUCACAGUCAGAGCAACAGCAAGUCCCACCGCAGGACUUCGCUGCCCUGCAUUCCGCGGGACCAGAUGAUGUGUCAAACAGAAUGGGACUACAAGAGAGCGCUGAGCAAAUCCCAGUCCUCGGGCACCAGUGUGGUGGUGGACAUCGCGGUGAUGGGCGAGGCCCACGGUUUGAUCUCAGACCUGCUGGCCGACCCCUCGCUGCCCCCGAACACCUGCAGCUCCCUGAAGGCCGUCAGCAACCUGCUCAGCACCCAGAUCAGCCUGCAGCCGCUACACCGACCACGCGCCUCCACAGACGCACACGCCUGCUCCGACUCCGAGGACGGCCCCGAAAGAGCAGAGAGACUGGCCAUUCCAAAGCGUCUCAGGCGGAGUCUGCCUCCAGGAUUGUUGAGGAGAAUUUCAUCAACUUGGACCACGACCACCUCAGCGACGGGGCUGCCGACCAUAGAGCCGGGUCCCGUGCGCAGAGACCGCUCAGCCAGCAUCAAACACACUACCGACGGUGAGUCGUGGAACAACUCAGUGAUGAUGACCAUCUCCAAGAGCCGCUCCAUGUCCGCCUCCUACGCUGCCUCCAUCACUUCCAACCACCUCUACAGCAAACCACUGGGAAGACCAGGUUUCCCCCCCUCCAACAUAUCACCUCUGGGCUCGCCGUGCCCGUCUCCUACUGUCCAGGGCACUCCCGCCUCCAGCCCCACGAUAAAGACGUGUUCGUUACAGCUUCCAGAGCCGGCCGGGCCCCUAACAGAGCGGGUCCCUGCCUCUGCGGCCGCCAAGAGCCAUCACAGAGCCUUAACUCACAGUCAGAGCGCCCCAAGCUCCACCACCACCCACUGGCGGCCUCCAUCGCUCUGCGUCAGCUGUGGCAGGCCGUUCCACAAUCGACUGAGCCACGGGGUGGAAUCAGUGGAAAAGGGAGACAGGAUACCCCAUCGAGAUGAGCGCGUAGUAGCUUCUUCAGACUACGACAGCACCUACGACAGCACCUACGAGACCAACCACAGUGACAGCAGCGACUUUGCACAGAACGAGGAGGAGGGAGAGGGGGGCAAGAAGCCGCCCGAAGCCAGGGAAAGUUGUAGGGAGUAUCCAGCAGAGGGCAUUGUUCUCCAUCCUCUCCUGCCCUCACCGGAGGAAGAGCCCGUGGCGGUCACGGAGGAACCGGCGGUGCCGGAGCUCGAGCCUCUCAUGACUGAGCUCAACAACUGGAACUUUCCUAUUUUCAGCCUGGUGGAGAAGACGCACGGCAAGACAGGCUGCAUCCUCAGCCAGGUGUCCUAUAAGCUGUUUGAAGACACGGGUCUGUUUGAGACAUUCAGGAUUCCCGUUCAGGAGUUCAUGAACUAUUUCCACGCAUUGGAGAACGGAUACAGGGACAUUCCUUAUCACAACCGGAUCCACGCCACUGACGUGCUCCACGCCGUUUGGUACCUCACCACGCAGUCCGUGCCCGGCCUGCCCAUCCUGCUGACUGAGAACGGGCUUCACAACGAGAACGGCAUCACGCCGGGUUCCGCAGGCUUCCUGGUGUCCAAGAUGAACGCCCUGCUGGAGGAGGGCUAUGGCUCUCUGGCCGGUCUCAUCCCCGGCCUGGAGCUCAUGGCCCUCUACGUCGCCGCCGCCAUGCACGACUACGACCACCCAGGGAGAACCAACGCCUUUCUCGUAGCCACCAGCGCUCCCCAGGCUCUUCUCUACAACGACAGAUCCGUCUUGGAAAACCAUCACGCGGCUGCAGCUUGGAACCUCUUCAUGUCCCGACCGGAGUACAACUUCCUGGUAAACCUCGAACACGUGGAGUUCAAGCGUUUCCGCUUCCUGGUGAUUGAAGCUAUUUUGGCCACGGACCUCAAAAAGCACUUUGACUUCCUCGCAGAGUUUAAUGCGAAGGUGGGAGAUGAAGGCGUGUCUGGUAUCGACUGGACCAAUGAGAACGACAGGCUGCUGGUGUGCCAGAUGUGCAUCAAGCUGGCCGACGUCAACGGGCCGCUGAAGUGCAAAGAGCUGCACCUGCAGUGGACGGAGGGCAUCGUCAAUGAGUUCUACGAGCAAGGUGAUGAAGAGGCCAGCCUGGGCCUUCCCAUCAGCCCCUUCAUGGACCGGUCUGCCCCGCAGCUCGCUAAACUGCAGGAGUCGUUCAUCACUCACAUCGUCGGGCCGCUGUGCUCCUCCUACGACUCUGCCGGUCUGAUGCCGGGAUGCUGGGUGGACACGGCCGAGGGGGGGAUGGAGCCAGACGUGGAGAAAGAAGGACAAGAUGCGGACGAGGAGGAUAUAGCUGAUGAGGAUGCUUCUACCAGCUCUGACCACUCCCAGCGGCCGGAAGCCAAAAAGAUGAGCAGGAGGAAAGUGUUCUGCCAGAUCACACAGCAUAUUCUGGAGAACCAUGAAAUGUGGAAAAGAGUGCUGGCCACAGAGGCCCCCGAGGACGUCCAGGGAGAGAGCCCAAACUGCAUCAGCAGCCCCGCCGACCCAAUCACAGCCAUUCACGAGGAGGAGGAGGAGCAAGCAAGCAAAGAGGAGGAGUCUGCCGACGGCCUCGACGAGAGGGAGGAGGUGCCGGCGAUAGAGGAAGAGGAACUCCUUCCACAAUCAGAGACUUCAGGAGAAAAAGAGGAAGAACCAGAGUGAUGUUACAAAUGGUGACCUCCUCUUAAACAGGGAAUCUGAACAGUGUCUAAAAAUGUUUGUUUGUUUUUUUUUCCUUUUCUUUACUAAACUCUGAUAUAGUAGCCAGCACAUCACUUUGACACAACACUGUAGAAGAUGUUUUUGGGUAAAAUGUGCCUAACAAAAAAAAAACAGGGUUGAGGAGAGGGAUGACAUCCCAGCGCAUCUGACGGAGAGAGAGAGAGAGAGAGAGAGAGAGAGAGAGCAAGGAGAGUGUUUGAUGAAGUAAACCAAGGGGAAGAAAAAGCUGAAAACUAAAAAAAAGAAAAAAAAAAAAGAAAAUAAGUGAAUGAAUAUAGACUGUUUUUGUUUUGCGUUUUCGUUGGGUCUGGAUCUGGCACCUUGCCCUCACCCAGACUACCCAUCCUGCACUAUAGGCCAACCACACUGAUUAAGAAAUCUACGCUGUCAGUGAGAUUUACCGUAACGUAACCCCCUCCUGCACUCUUCUCCCGUUGCUCGCAUGCGAUCAGCACACCGAGGAGCCGCCUGGCUGGUUGAGGAUGUGCAACAAGCCCCCUCUCCGUGAAGACAAUGGGAUGAAAGACAGGGGAAAGGCUCCGCCGAGGCUCAGCCUCACAGAGUUUUUUAAGAUUGAAAAAAAAAAAAAAAAACAAGCCAGUCGCAGUGCAUUGUGUAUCCAGACAAAGACAUCGACACGAUCUUCACACACACAUGCACACGCAGUACUACAGCAGAAACAUGUUCCCUGACUGAGACGUACAGGAAGUUCAACAAGGAGCCCCGUUGCUCCAAAAGCUUUAUACGCACUCAAGGAAAAACAUACAAAACGGUGUUUUGUUCAACGUAAAACAAUGGUAGGCAGUAAUUAUUUUCCUCUGGCCUUUUGUUUGGUAGUCAGACCAGCCCACCUGCAUGUUUCCAGACCGCACAACUCAGGAAGACAGAAACCUGUAGAGACAGAAACACGCCUCUGCUUCGGCUUUUCUCUCACUGCUGUUUCAGAUGUCAGUUCAGGAACAAGUGUGCUUCCACUUUGUGCAACACAAAAGAAGCCACAAGGGACAGUACACACCCUGGUGUUAAUGGCAUCAGCGCAAACUUACAAGGCACAAAACUAGCUAAUAAGGUAAUGUGUUUUGUUGGGUGAAUAUCAUUGUUUCAGUAUUUGCACCACUUUGCAGCACGUUUUCGUUAAUCUUUAUAGUUGAUGUAGCACCAGUGUUUUUCUCAAUAUUAUUUAUGGGCUGGUAUGUAGGCCAAAUGUUUGAGAAAGUAAAGUAAUCCAGUAAGCCAUAGUGGAUCAGGCCAGAGCUGAGUCACAGCUCCAAAUCACCCAAGAAGAUUUAAUAAUAAGACAUGGCUGCCCUGUGACGCCGGUAGCCAUCCAGGAGGUAUUGAGUGUUACCGAGAGGCUCGGUGGAGGCCUGAGAAACGGCAAAACCUCGCAGCGUUCCAUUAUUGGCUCAAGAAGUUGAAGACACAGUCAAAAUUAUUCCCAGAAGUUCGAAGUUCAGUGUGCACGCAAAUGAAAAUAUU